AACAAUAAAUUGAGCAAGGCAUGCUGCAACAGAGACUGUCCAAUCUAACUGGUUUGCUGCCGACGUUGGUUAAACAAUUUCGCCCGCAAGUUUGUUUUUGCUGGAAGGCGAAUUUCGAAAAGAAGUGGGAACAUUUGAUUACUAAACGUACAAUGGAAGCCGCUGCUAUAGCAAGACCGAACCCGGUUGUAAUGAAGAUAGAUUCACCGGAAUUCCGGUCAAUUUUUACGAAAGAGUUGCAAGAUCUAAUUGACUUGUUCGCAAAGUACAAUCACGAAAUUCGGGUGGCUGGUGGUGCAGUCAGAGAUAUUCUAAUGGGGAAAUGCCCGAAAGAUGUAGAUAUAGCUACGACGGCAACGCCAGCCGAAAUGAAAGAUAUUUUUACAAAAGAAAAUAUUCGUAUGAUCAAUAUGAAUGGAGAAAAGCAUGGCACUAUAACACCCAGAAUUAAUGACAAGGAAAAUUUCGAGAUCACUACAUUGAGGAUAGACGUUGUUACAGACGGCAGACACGCCGAAAUUGUUCACACAAAGGAUUGGCUGUUAGAUGCUAAUAGACGUGAUUUAACUAUUAACUCAAUGUUUCUUGGUUUCGAUGGAAAAUUAUAUGAUUACUUCUAUGGGUAUGAAGAUCUUCAGAAACGAAGAGUUGUAUUCGUUGGAGAUCCAGACCUUCGUAUAAAGGAAGAUUAUCUUCGCAUACUACGGUAUUUUCGAUUUUACGGAAGAAUAGCCGAAAAAGAGGAUAAUCACGAUGCAGAAACGCUUCGAGUGAUAGCAAAAAAUAGCUCGGGGUUGAGCAAAAUUAGCGGAGAACGAAUUUGGCAAGAAUGGAAAAAAAUCAUUUGUGGAAAUUUCGGUUGUGAGUUAACUGCACAAAUGAUAAGUUGUGGCCUUGCUUCACACAUAGGUUUGCCGAAGGAACCUAGAGUAGAUGACUUUAAAAAGGUAUUUUCAAAUGUAACAUCAGUGAGGGUAGAUGAUAUUCAGCCAAUUACAAUUCUUUCCGCUUUGCUGAAUAAUUCCGAGGAUGCGAUUACUUUCAAUUUACGACUAAAGCUCACCGCUUUUGAAAGAGAAUUGGCAUACUUUUUAGUGCAAAACCGAGCAGAGUUCGAAGCUGUCGAUCAACUUUUGCCGUUCCAGCAGUUAUCUUUGCACACAAUCGGAAACGCUAAGCUUAAAAAAGAAUAUGUUUUGGAAUUACUGCGCUACUAUGGUAAAGCUCAUUUAUACAAUCAACUAAAAGAAUGGGAAGUGCCACGAUUUCCAGUCAAAGGAAACACUCUAAUCGAACAGGGUGCUCCCAAAGGACAAAAAUUGGGCCUCGUGAUGAACGAGCUAAGAAUGAUUUGGUCUGCAAAUCAAUUUAGUAUGUCCGAGAAAGAGCUUUUGGAACAUUUGCCUGACGUGUUGAGUAAAUUGGGACUCAAAGGCAAUAAUUAGUGUCUCGAUAAAUGUAUUU